CAGGGGCCGUGGCACGGCGACAGCGAGGCGGGCACCGGGGCGGGUGGGAGCCAUGGGGAAGGAAGGAUGGCUCGGGGCGUGUGGCGCUGCCUGACCGCGGCACGUCACCAGCGGCAGCGGCCGGAGCGCCGCGGUCCCGCCACCGCCCCCGCACACAUGCACCCGCCGGCAUCCCCCGGGGCCGGCCGUGACCUGGACAGCGCCGAGGGCAUCCCGCUGGGUCCGGGCGACAGACAGAGCCCGCGGACCGGGCGCUAAAACCGCCUCGCCAUCCGCACGCCGCGGUCCGAGAGGAGGAGCCCCGGGUGCCGCGCCAGCCGCCGGCACCGUCGCCGCUCCCGCCGGCACCCCAUGGAUAAGGCGGGCUCGCUGCACAGCUCGGUGCCCGGGCCGCCGCCCCGGCUCUACCUGCCGCGCAACUUCAGCUGCAGCGCCUGCCUCUAUGGCAGCCUGGCCGAGCAGUGCAGGGCGGGCUGCAGCCCCGACGGCGACGCCGCGCCCACGCCCGUGGUGCGGGAAGCGGCGGACGAGAAGCCGCCGCCGACCCGCGGCCGGGAGCCCACGCUGCCCGCCGUGCCCCCCAGCCCCACGCAGCGCCGCCGCGCCAAGUCGCUGCCAACGCCCGGCGACCGCAGCCUGCGCCCCGCGCUGCAGCAGAGCCCGUCGCGCCGCAAGACCGUGCGGUUCGCCGACUCGCUGGGGCUGGAGCUCACCUCCGUACACCUCUUCUGCGAGGCCGACCUGCCGCGGGUGCCGCUGCCCGCGCCGCCCACGCCGCGCCCCGCCGACCUCCUCAAGACCAGGAAGCCGCCGGCGCUGGGCGACCUGGAGCCGGUGCUGUUCGGGCCGCCGCCGCCGCUGCUGGAGCCGCUGUUCCCGCCGCAGCCCGGCGCCAGCCCCGGCUUCGCGGAGCGGGUGCGGCAGCACAAGGUGAGGCUGGAGUGGGUGCGGGCAGAGCCGGCGGGGCUGCGCGGGGCCGUGCGCGUCCUCAACCUCGCCUACGAGAAGGUGGUGUCGGUGCGCUACACGCUCAAUGGCUGGGCCAGCUGCGCCGAGGCUGCCGCCACGUACCAGCCGCCCGCGCCGACCGACGGCAUCAGCGACCGCUUCGCCUUCCUGCUGCCCCUGGGCGCCGCCGCCGCCGCCGCCGAGACCACGCUGGAGUUCGCCGUCCGCUACCGCGUCGCCGGCGCCGAGUACUGGGACAACAACGAGGGCAAGAACUACCGGCUGCGGGGCCGGCAGCGCGUCCCGCCCGCCCCAGGCCCCCCGCAGGACCCCGACAGCUCUGCCUGGAUCCACUUCAUCUGAAACGGGGAGCGCGGAGCCCGCGCAGGGCCGGGGGAGCCCUCCCGAGUUGUGUUUACAGAGGGGGAAUUUGUGUUUGCUGGGUUCUAGCGGGGCCGGGGGGAACCCUGGCUCGCCUCCCGGCGCUCACGGGCUGUGGGCAGGGAGGCCGGGCGCGGGUUCCCCCGCAGCGUCCCCAGCACUGUGGCUUCACCAAAGCAGCGGCUGCCGGCCGGGCUCCGGUGACAAGGCCGGGAAUGUGCGGGAUUCGCCGGUCAGGACCGGGAUCCGCAGGUGAGUGCACAUCCUCCCGGCCCCGGAGGCCAGGCUGUCACCUCGGCAGGUUACACGGAAGGCGCUGCCACAGGGCAUCCUCCGUGUUUGCCUAAUCCUGCUCAGGCAAAGCUCGGAUCCGCCCUCAGCGCCUCGCUGACCCGCGCCUGUUAAUUGUCCCACGGGGUCAAGGGCCUGACAGCGCAGGCUGAGGGGCAGAUCGGUUCUGAACCCAAAACCACAAAAGUAUGGAUGCCCCAAGGCGUAGCUCUGUUUCAUUACACAGUGAAAGUAUUCGAUUUAAAGCAAAGAUUUUUUUUUUAAUUUUUGAACCCUGUUUUCAGGUAUUUAAUCAUACUUAGAAAGCAAAAAAAUAGCGUCACAUCCUAUUUGAAACGCAACUCACUGAGAGGUUUUUAAAAGAAAGUGUUUUGGUUUAGAAUUCAUGCGGUAGGUUGAUGGAAAGUUUGUCAGGAUGUGGUGUUUGUUUCAGUAGGAUUGGUCCCACAGAGCUGCUUGUGUUCAGGGCAGCAGGAGAGUUGUGGAAUUGCACCAAAAGAGUGAGAGACGACAAGAGUUGAAUCCCUAAUUCCAGUCUGCAUCAUGAGCAACACCUUCAUUUUUCUUCUUUUGACAGUUUAAUUAAACAGUAUCAGUGCAAGAGCCUGCUUUCUGAAUUUCCUGCUCCAAAUUCUUCAUAAUAAUUUCAGUAAGUGAUGGAUUUUAUAAAACUGGUGAGGUUUAAUCAGAGAAAUCAAAGAAACUUCUACCUUGCCAUAUAAAAGUAUAUCAAUCAAAUUUACACAGCAUACUGACUUCUGCCUUCAAAGGUAUAUUUUAAAUUAUAUCAGCACUAAGCAAAGCAUUUUCCUUUUUAAACAUGCUUUUUCAGGAGUUCAGCUGAAUACAGGUUGUGCUGGUGCCAAAUCUGGGUGCUAAUUUUCCAGGAUUGAGGCAUGAAUGUGUUUGCUGGAGAGGGGCCUCUGCAAAUAUAACUAAUGAGAGUGGUAAAACCAUGUCAGUGUGAUUUUCUGGUUGUGAAGGGCUGUAAGAUCAGGCAUUUAGGUUUGAAUUUUCUGUAGGUUUCAGGAGGAAAUGCAAUUUUUUAAACUGCAUUUUGGUAUUUCUUGAAAGGGUUAAGUGUCCCAAGCAGCUUGAGUAAUGUCUGGAGUAAUGAGUUCUCACAGAACCUUUUGACUCUGGUGAGAACUGAGAGCAGUUUUGUCUCCUGAGGGUCGGAUUCAGUCAGAAUAAUUAAACUUAUAAAUUCUGGGGGAAAAAGAGCUGUGGAAACUCAAUGGGAAAAGAACAUUUUAUUUCAUUUCUGUAGAUUACUGGUUCUGAUUUAAGGGAAGUAAUAGCAAGACUGCUUUCUGUAGUAUUGGUAGCUUGGUUUUAAUUUCCCAGUCAGUGUUCUAAUCCCUGUGCUUUUAAUGAAACUAAACAGAAAUACACUGUCAGCAUCUACUGAGUAUUUCACAUUUUAGUAUAUUAAGGUCCCCAUCUUGUAAUCCUGUAAGUUAGUAGAACACAUUUAUAAAGCUAGAAUUGCACAAAUAGGAUCUUAAAAUGUUCAUGAUUAAAACAUACUAAGUGGUGUAUUUGAUAAAGCAAGCCCAAGUGUCUUUUAGUUGAACUUUUAUAAGAGCCUUAAUACUGGAGAGAAGGAAAAGGACUUGUCUCCAUUUGAAAGCACUUUGAAAUCUGGUAGAAAUAUAGCAAACCAUCAUUUAUUUAUGUGUUGUAGCUUUCCAAAGCUUGGCCUUUUUAACUGACAGAGUGAACCAACAGCAGUUAUGUGGACUAAUGAAAAUGCUUGGAGAAAAAAGAUCAACUGAUGCUGCAACUUUGCUUUUGAAGUUUUAACAGGAUUUUCUGUUUAUUGUUUCAAUGGCUUUAAAAAACAUGGACAGCUCUAAAAAACGUUUUUCUAAUGAGCAAUUCUAGAACUCCAAAAUUAUUUCCCAGUGAUUGGCAGUUUUCAUUGUUGUUUGAUUUAUGCAGCAUGUGUAGGUCUCCAAAAAAGUUUAAAAAUCUCCUUCCAGCACCUGUGGCUUAAAUACUUUCAAUCUGGAUUACCUAAGUGGAUGUACCUGCAUCAAGUGCUCAGGGAGGUUGUUGUAUUUCACUUCAUUUUUGAUCAUGACUUAAGUGAACUCACUGUUGUUCUUGGUUGGAAUUUUGCAAGCAGAAUUGAGUUUUAUAAUACUGUUCAGAUAUUACUGUUAUUUAUGGCCACCUUUGCCAAACACAAAUCUGAAUAUUCAACAUUUUGAAGCAUACCAGGGGAGUGUUUUGCAAAACAGUCUCUUGAGCUUUCAACCAGUUAAUCCUGACCUUAACCUAAAUUUUGUGAGUAACUUUAUCAGAGAUUAUUGAUGAGACACAUGCAAGUCCAGUAAAAGACUUGGUCUUGUAGGAGGUUCAGAGCCAGCUCCAUGGGAAGGCUGCACCAGCUUUGGCCAGAGAAUGCCAUUGGUGAAGGCUGUGGAAGGAGGUUGAGGUGUUUUCAUGGAAAUUAUCAGUAGCCUAUGCCAAAACUGCAUUACUUCAAUUACAUAUUUUCACUUCUGUCACAUGAAUUUAUUUCUGAGAAAGGUUUAUUCACAUUUUCAAAUAUGUGUUCAGUUCAGAGUAUUCUUCCACUGGCAGCAUUCAUGUAGUUUUCAAUCCAUUAGAUUUCAAUCUGAGCCCAUCUAUUCCAUCUAAUACUUGCUAGAAGCGCUGUGAUAAAUGGAGAUGAAAUAGAAAUGUCAAAUGAUAUUUAUAUCAUACAUAAACAAUGACUUUGAGGAGAAAAACCUGUGUUGAAAGGGGGUCAUUUGCAAGUUGGCAGAACACCAACUAUUUUAUUGGGAGCUUGAGCAAAACAUCAUUUCAAACUUGUAUUUCUAAAGAAUAUUGUUCAAGAAAAAACUUUCACAAGCAAAGUUAAAUAUUUGAAAAUUUUCAAACCAAUCUUCUUCUGGAAAAAAAUUGUUUUAUAUGCAUGAAUAGGGCUCAUGCCACCUCCCUUUGCAAGUGAUUCCAGGAUGGUUUAGGCAAGGCAAAAAUCCUUUGGUUGUGUAAUUCCCUGGUAAGGGAAUCAUUCAUUGCUCGUGUCUCUGCAGGUGUAAAAAUGUGUCUGUCAUUUAUGGAGCAAAGCUGUAGCUUUAUGGAAUGUGCCAUGCUGUUUUAUGGGCAUUAAUGCUCAUUUAUCCAGAGCUGGGUUGUCCUGUGUGUCUGACAGAUGUGGAUGGUUGCUGCUUCACCUGGAACUGGUGGGCUUUUGCAUGUGGCUCUAUGCCUUCUGUGGCAAUAUUUUGGAGAUUUACCCUAAUUAUUAGAAAUCCUAAAACAAAUGAGAACUAUUAAGUGACCAUGAAUGGAAUUUCAGCUAGCUAAACAUAUUAUUUAUUAGCAUAAAAUCAGUAAAUGAAGGUGUUGCACUUACUUUCACUAAAUGUACAUCAUUUCAGGUAAAUUAAUUUCUUUCUCCUUUUACCAUUUGCAAGUAACUUUUUGAUGUGAAUGUGUGUGCCUCAGUAUCUCAGUAAACAACAGAGGAAGUGCACACUCAGUUGUUUCAGCAGAUGUGAGGGGCAAAUAUAUCACUUGAAUGAACAAAUGUCUGUUCAUGCAUGAGCAUCCUCCCUUUACAGAUAUGUGAAAUGUUUUUCCAUAAUGCCAACAGGCAAGCAGCUGCUAAUUUUAAUGUAAAGUAACCUGCAGAAAUAUUCAGAAUCUGAUUUUUUGAACAUAUCUUAUAUUCAAAUUUUUAUGUGCCUUUCAGCAUUUCCUAGAAAUAAAGCUCAUGUGUUCCUUAGCUCUCCACCACAAAUCCAAUAAUGAACUUGUCAUUAAAAUGAAAUUUUUACAAAAAUACAAUAAUCCUAAUUCCUGACACAUGAUUUCUGGCACAGCUAAAAAUGUAUCUAUAGAAGCCAGAAGGAUUUGGUAAUAUUUUUCCCAUAUUACAGUGAAAGAUUUGUCUGUCAGAAAUGUCUUCCUGGUACACCUCUACAUUUAUGUAGUUAAGUAAAAAAAGAAACCAAUUAUGACUACAGUUAAUAUAACAGAGUAUAUUUGUUGUAUAUAUUCACUUCUUGCACAAAUAUUCUAAAUAUAUAUUCUCUCUGAAGCCAGAAGUUCUAGUUUUCUACAAAAUCCAUUCAUGGAGAUCUGGCCUUUUCAACUUCUACUGUUACUUAUCUGAUGCUGCAUAAUGCAUAUUGUUAAAAUUUUUUAUGGGUUUAAUCUGUCUACAGGAUUUAUAUCAUGAAACAGAAGUGCUCAGUGCAAGGAAUACCUGAAGUAAAUUACUUUUACCUUCCAGCUGUUCUGCAGGGCUUUUUGGCAAAUCCCCAGCAAUUCUGUUUCCUGUACAUACUCCACAUGCACAUGCUUGGAGUGAAUGGAGGGAUUAUUAAUGGAAUGGAAAUAUUUUUGAGCACUAAAAUGAAGGAUUUUCCUACAUAAAUAGUUCAAGGCAAGAAGUAAAUAUAGUCAAUAUUGCUGUAGAACAAAGCCCACUGGCCUUAUGAAGAGCUGAUCAGGAUUUUGUUUAAAUGGAAGACAGUGGUGUAUUUCAAAAUUAAAUAUGUUCAGGGAAAUGCACCUGUUUCUGUGAAGGUUUUCUCAGGUUCAGCUGAUAGAAUUGCCCUAAAAUAAAGAAGUGAUAAGAGUAUUUCCUUACAUUUGUGGAUGGGCUUGAAUGUAGGUCUUCCAUGAGCAAAGUGGACACUGAGCUAUAAAACCAUUGGCUAUUGCUUGGAGGUUUUCUUUAUCCAAUUUACAAAUACUGUUUUAAAAUCCUCACAGAAAGGGUUUUUGACCCUGGGUUUUCCCCUCUCAUGUGAAUAUCCUCUUCAUCAGUCACUCUGGCUUUUGAUUGAGGCCUCUGUUGUUGAGGAAAGAUUUGAUUUUAUUUUUAUGCUACAUAGGAAGAUUAUUUUACAUUAGAUUUUUGGAGGGGAAGGCAAGGAGAUUUUUUCCUUGCAAUUUUCACUUUAUAGAUAUUAAACAAUAGCAUGAAGUAUAAAAAUUGCUUGAAAUUACAUAUGCACUAGUGAUUCCAAAGAAUAUAGCUAAGACUAAUGUCAAGUGUGAGAUGUGCUUUUUAAAAAACAUAUGUGCUUUGAUCUAGAAAGGCAGGGAGAAAGUCCUAGACUGCAGUGCAAGCUAUUAAUGCCAGGGAUUUCUUUCUAUGCAAUUCUAUGGUGCACCUGUUUUUAUAGGGAUUAACUUGAUUGGUGUAGUUCAUGUAUCAGUGUGUUAUGUGUAGAAUACUCUGUUUAAAGUGUCAUUAAGGAAACUGUGUGUCUUAAAUGGUGUUACAACUUUAGGCUCUUUUUUGUCUAACCUGACUUCACUAAAUCAUAAGAAACUCCUCUGAAUAACAAUAACCAGACAAUAUUUCAUAACAUCGCAUAAUCAAGUCUCACACGUUACACUUAUCACCUUCUAGGACAAAAGUUUUGUUACUGUUGUGAGUUUUAAAAUUUUUUGUAUUUCUGACUCUUAAAAAGCCAAACUGUGCUACACUUUUAAACACAAAGAGCUAAAAGUGUGUUUGGAAAGCUGAUCAACAGUAGUCAAACUGAAAUUGGCUGGGAUUAUUCGUGUGUCCAGUUCCUGAACUGUGGUAUAAAAAUGUUUGUGACCCUCCUGUGCCUCCUGCAUGGAGGGACAACCUGCCAGACACAAACCCAGGCUGCACUGCAGGAAAAUCGCUGUUCUUGGAGAGGUUUGAACAAACCCAACUCCUCCCUUGUAGCAUUACACAAACAGAGGUUCUGUCUGUUGGAGAGAGUGUUCUUCAACAUGCAGGUUUUUAUUGCUGUUUCUUUGAUUUACUGUGAUUUCAUUCUGAGAAAAAUAUUGUUACUUAACUCUGUACUUGACUAGUAAAUUACUUUUAGCUGUAGUGUCUUUCUGCAAUGUUUAUAUUUCACCAAAUAAUCUUUGUUUCUAAUGUUUGUAAAAGUUAAUGUAAUAUCACCAAAAGUCAAAAAUCAACAUUUUCUAAUAAUGCCUUGUAAUUUACCUAGCCUUACAGUAUUUCAGAAGAUUUUCCACCAAAACUGCAUCUAGUCACUGCUUGUCACAAUGAUGAAAAAGAGAUAUUUAUAAACCUGUAGCUUCUAGCUGCCAUUAAAGAUUAAUGAGACGAAUCGUGA